CGUGAAGCCCCGGGCGGCUGGAGGGGGCGGCGGCGGCGGCCACUGCUGGCCUGGAGAAAGUUGCCCCCCUCUGCAGAUGGGAACUGGUGGCUAUCAUGAGUGGGCCCCGGAGACGUGAGACGGGGAGGUAAAAUGCACACUUGCUGCCCCCCAGUAACUUUGGAGCAGGACCUUCACAGAAAAAUGCAUAGCUGGAUGCUGCAGACUCUAGCGUUUGCUGUAACAUCUCUCGUCCUCUCGUGUGCAGAAACCAUCGAUUAUUAUGGGGAAAUCUGUGACAAUGCAUGUCCUUGUGAGGAAAAGGACGGCGUUUUAACUGUGAGCUGUGAGAACCGGGGUAUCAUCAGUCUCUCUGAAAUCAGCCCUCCGCGGUUCCCUGUCUACCACCUCUUGCUGUCUGGAAACCUUUUGAACCGUCUCUAUCCCAAUGAGUUUGUCAAUUACACCGGGGCUUCAAUUCUGCACCUGGGGAGCAAUGUUAUCCAGGACAUUGAGACUGGGGCUUUCCAUGGGCUGCGGGGUUUGAGGAGGCUGCAUCUGAACAACAACAAACUGGAACUUCUGCGGGAUGACACGUUCCUUGGCUUGGAGAACCUGGAGUACCUACAGGUCGAUUACAAUUACAUCAGCGUCAUUGAGCCCAGUGCUUUUGCGAAGCUGCAUUUGUUGCAGGUGCUCAUCCUCAAUGACAAUCUCUUGUCCAGUUUACCCAACAAUCUUUUCCGUUUUGUGCCCUUAACGCACUUGGACCUGCGGGGGAACCGGCUGAAACUGCUGCCCUACGUGGGGCUGUUGCAGCACAUGGAUAAAGUCGUGGAGUUACAGCUGGAGGAAAACCCCUGGAAUUGCUCCUGUGAGCUGAUCUCCCUCAAGGAUUGGUUGGACAGCAUCUCCUACUCGGCCCUGGUGGGGGAUGUGGUUUGUGAGACCCCCUUCCGCUUGCACGGCAGGGACUUGGAUGAGGUAUCCAAGCAGGAGCUUUGCCCCAGGAAACUUAUUUCCGACUAUGAGAUGAGGCCGCAGACGCCUUUGAGCACCACGGGGUACUUGCACACCACCCCGGCCUCGGUGAACUCGGUGGCCACCUCCUCCUCUGCUGUUUACAAACCCCCUUUGAAGCCCCCUAAAGGGACCCGCCAGCCCAACAAGCCCAGGGUGCGCCCCACUUCUAGGCAGCCCUCCAAGGACUUGGGCUAUGGCAACUACGGCCCCAGCAUCGCCUACCAGACCAAAUCCCCGGUGCCUUUGGAGUGUCCCACCGCGUGCACUUGCAACCUGCAGAUCUCGGAUCUCGGCCUCAACGUGAACUGCCAGGAGCGCAAGAUCGAGAGCAUCGCCGAGCUGCAGCCCAAGCCCUAUAAUCCCAAGAAAAUGUACCUGACGGAGAACUACAUCGCCGUCGUGCGCAGGACAGACUUCUUGGAGGCCACGGGGCUGGACCUCCUGCACCUGGGCAACAACCGCAUCUCGGUGAUCCAGGACCGCGCCUUCGGGGACCUUGCCAACCUGCGGCGCCUCUACCUGAACGGCAACCGGAUCGAGAGGCUGAGCCCGGAGCUGUUCUUCGGCCUGCAGAGCCUGCAGUAUCUCUUCCUCCAGUACAAUCUCAUCCGCGAGAUCCAGGCCGGCACCUUCGACCCGGUGCCAAACCUGCAGCUGCUCUUCCUGAACAACAACCUCCUGCAGGCCAUGCCCGCGGGCGUCUUCUCGGGCCUCACCCUCCUGCGGCUGAACCUGCGGAGUAACCACUUUGCCUCCCUGCCGGUGAGCGGAGUCCUGGACCAGCUCAAGUCCCUCAUCCAGAUCGACCUGCACGACAACCCCUGGGAUUGCACCUGCGACGUGGUGGGCUUGAAGCUGUGGGUCGAGCAGCUCAAGGCGGGCGUCCUCGUGGACGAGGUCAUCUGCAAGGCGCCCAAGAAGUUCGCAGAGACGGACAUGCGCGCCAUCAAAUCGGAGCUGCUGUGCCCGGACCACUCGGACGUGGUGGUCUCCACGCCCACGCCCUCUUCCAUCCAGGGGCCCGCGAGGACCGGCGCGGUGACCACGCCCGCCGUGCGUUUCAACGGCACCGGGGCGCCCGCGGGCUUGGGCGCGGGCGGAGGGGCGUCGUCGGUGCCCUUGUCCGUGCUCAUCCUCAGCCUGCUGCUGGUCUUUAUCAUGUCCGUCUUCGUGGCCGCCGGGCUCUUCGUGCUGGUCAUGAAGCGCCGGAAGAAGAGCCAGAGCGACCACACCAGCACCAACAACUCGGACGUGAGCUCCUUCAACAUGCAGUACAGCGUGUACGGCGGCGGCGGGGCCGGCGGCGGCGGCGCGGGCGGCCACCCCCACGCGCACGUGCACCACCGCGGCCCGGCGCUGCCCAAGGUGAAGACGCCCGCGGGCCACGUGUACGAGUACAUCCCGCACCCUCUGGGCCACAUGUGCAAAAACCCCAUCUACCGCUCGCGGGAGGGCAACUCGGUGGAGGAUUACAAAGACUUGCACGAGCUCAAGGUCACCUACGGCGGCAACCACCACCUGCAGCAGCCGCCGCCGCCGCCGCCACCGCCGCUGCUGCCCCAGCCGCAGUCGCAGCCGCAGCCGCAGCCCCCGCCCCCGCCGCAGCUGCAGCUGCAGCCGGGGGACGAGGAGAGGCGGGAAAGCCACCACUUGCGGAGCCCCGCCUACAGCGUCAGCACCAUCGAGCCCCGGGAGGACCUGCUGUCGCCGGUGCAGGACGCCGACCGCUUUUACAGGGGCAUUUUAGAACCAGAGAAACACUGCUCCACCACCCCCGCCGGCAACAGCCUCCCGGAAUAUCCCAAAUUCCCGUGCAGCCCGGCUGCGUACACCUUCUCCCCCAACUAUGACUUGCGGCGGCCCCACCAGUAUUUGCACCCGGGGGCGGGGGACAGCCGGCUGCGGGAACCGGUGCUCUACAGCCCCCCGAGUGCUGUCUUUGUAGAACCCAACCGGAACGAGUAUCUGGAGUUAAAAGCAAAACUAAACGUUGAGCCGGACUACCUCGAAGUGCUGGAAAAACAGACCACAUUCAGCCAGUUCUAACGAACAAGCAAAGAAACUCCCACUCCCACCCCCACCCUCCCCACCCCCCACCCCCUUCUCGGAGCGCUUUGCGUUGCAACAGAACAAACGCGACAAAGCAAAACGCGAGCAAGCGAGCAAAGCGGACGCGCGCACGGUGCACACGCGUGAUGAGCCGUGCCGUCUCAACGUUUAGGGCGAAGUGCCUUGGCACAGGGUUCUCAGCUUCGGCGGAAGAUAACUGAAAGGGUGUGCAGUUUUUUUUUUUUUUUUUUGGUCUUUUUUUUUUUUUUUUUCCUGUUUGUUUUACACGUGGGAAACAUUUGUGUAAAUUGGGUCCGUCACGUUUUCUCUUGCUGCGUGGGCGGGAGCAGAGGGUCUCGGUCGUGCUGGAAGUGCUUUAGCGAGGUGGACGGUGGCAGCGCGCAGAUCCUCCUCUUUCUCUCCCUUUGCCGCACCGCACCACGCCCCACCCCACUCCCACCCCACCCCCC